CAGCACAGGAUCUCCAGCUGCCCUCAGCGGGAAGAGUGAGACACGGCGAGAGAGACAGAGUGAGAGGUUCCUCCCUGCACUGGCACAAUGCGCACUCUCCUCAUCCUGACACUCCUGACUGUCUUGGUGGUGGCUGCUACCUGCUAUGAGUCCCAUGAGAGCAUGGAAUCCCAUGAGUAUCUCAAUCCCUUCCUCAACAGGCGAAGGGCCAAUGACUUCAUACAAGCUGACACAAGACUACAAGGCAUCUCUCGGGAGAGGAUCAGGGAGCGCAUUAAGGGACCCCAGGAACACCAGAGGGAGGCCUGUGAGAACUUCUACCCCUGCGAACUGUACGCUUUUCGCCAUGGCUACGCUGCUGCUUACAAGCACUAUUUUGGGAAGAGAAGAAAUAAGUAAAGGAUGCCCUGCCCCCACCCUGGGGCCUGGAGCCCAGGGUACCCUCCCCAGAAAUGCAGUGGCUCUGAAACAUACUCGGUUGCUUGUGUUCUUCUAUGUUAUCCUGCCUGCUGCUUCUCUCCCAUGUAGCCAUGGAUUCCUACACUGUGUUAAUUAGCGCUGAGCUGAUGUAGCAGAGAUCAGAGAGAGUUCAGGAUGUGGGUGUUUACUACACAAUAAAUCGCUGGUUUGAUACUAU